CCAAACCAUCUAAACCAAAAGCUAUUAUUUUGUUGGGACGGCAGCGUUAGUAGGAGGGAACUGGUAUUGGAAUUGGUUCUAUGCGCUCAGAAGAUGGUAUGAGCCACCUCAUAUCGAAGGUGUACAUAAGAUCCGUCUUCUUCCUUACAGUACCGCAACUCUUAAUCCGUUAUCUCUCACAUAUUGUAUACCGCCGGACGUCCCUCAGCCUUUAUACAUUCCUGUCAUCUUCAACAAUUCAAUUCUCGAACAGGUUUCAUAUAAAAUACGAUCUCUCGAUACCGGCCAUACCAUUGUUGAGAAAGUAUACGGGAGUUCAAUGAAGCGGUCGCCCACUCGUCCUCCGAGAUUACGCAUUACAGAUGGAGACGAUGAUGAGGAUGGAGGGCUCGAGCUAGAGCCCGAGAUCGACCCUCUUUCGGCACUUGUCCUUCAGUCCGGUGGAAGAGUUGUUGGUCACCCCAAGGAUAUUGACCCCUCUACUCUUCCUUCUGUCAAACCACACGAUUCUAUGUCUCUCGUCUCUCGCAAUCUCGCUCCAUCAGAAAACAUCCUCUUCCUUACUGUUAGCAAACCUAGCGUCAUCACUCUUUCAAAUGUCAUGGACAAGAAGGGUGAUAAAUUUCACAUCACUCCCAGGCGUGAAGCCGUCAUCAUUGAGUGCCCCACUGGUGGUAAAUUUGUUGAAGAGCACAGGGGCAAAGUAGUCCACAAACCCGAGAAACCCAAGUCUGCUGAGCUUCGAUGUGUAGGAGAUGAAGAGAUGGUGUACUUUCAAGCUCGUGGUGUUUCCCCUCUCAGGGUUGGAUGGGAAAAGAAAAGCAAAGACAAGUCUGAGAAUGGGUUUAUUGAAGCCGCCCUCAAGUUCGCGGGUCAAGCGCCUUUCGAACUCGGAUACCGUCACACGUCUGGUGGACGUACUUCCAGGCAUGUCCUUAAGAGUGUUCAGGAGAUUGGUAUCCUUCAUCUCUCUACAGAACCUGGAUCUCAUCUGUACGACUUUUUGUCUCUUGCCGAUGGUAUCCCAAGACGGAUGUGUCCAUCACUCUGGAGCAUGAGGUGUUUGGCCGACCGUUUACGGGGUCCACAGUCAUUGUCGUAUCGUCCUGCUGUCCAAGCUUUUCUCCUCGCGUCAAGAUGAAUUGGAUGAAAUCGUCCCUCUGUUUCUUGCCGAGUUUGAUGCCACGCCCAGUCUCCGGCCAACUGCAACAAAAAUGGUGUUUGACACACCGUUGGCACUUGAAUUGGUAAACGCUAUCGCACUACAAGAAACAUUCUCAGUCAGCGAAUGGUGCAAAAUGGACGAAAGGACUAAAUACAUACAGGCUUCCUAGCCUCGCGGCAACCGUGGCAAGAAAUAGCCAGACGGACCUUGGGUCCGGUAGAACGGAGAAACGCAUCUUUAAUGGAACCUUUCUUGGCAAGGGUUUUGAAGGGUGUCUUGGAAGGAGUCUUGCAGGCCUGAGGACUGCUAGACUUUUUCCUGGGCUUACUGGGCGUUUUGGGAGUCUUGGAAAUGACUGGGCUGGAGGGAACGGUCAAGUGAGUCUGAGGAGCUGGGGUGGCGGGGACGACCGAGGGCAUAGUAAUGUCGGCCAGGGAUAUGUCUGAGGAAACAGAAUAAGCACUGUGCAUCAAAAAGGUUGAAUGACUUACUGAAAUCCCACCCGAUAAACUCAUCCAUCUUCUCCAGGCUGACCAGUUCCUGAGGCUCAUUGGUGUUGAUAUUACCGUCGUUGGCCGGUAGUUGGCAGUCAACUUGCUCGGAAACAAUCUGUUCAACAGGAAUAACGGAUUGUGCAUUCUGGAAAGAGGAGCAAAUAAAGUUCCAGAGAUAUUCGCCUUGCAAUCCUGAGGUUCAGUCAGUAUCAAGCUGCAAAGCAAGAAAUACGCCUGGCUUACCAACAGACUGGCCAAUUUGGAACAGUUGCUGGAUGUCAACCUGACCAGCAGUGUUGACGUUGGUCUGGUUGACGAGGGGAGUAGCGGAGAAGGCGUUCACGUUAGAAUCAGGAAUGGCAUUGGUAUCCUGACCAAAGUUGGAGCCUAUACUUUUGUAAAUAUGCGAUCGCCAAACAGGGCGAGAGUGUGACUUACAAGUAGACUGAGUAGAAAGGUUGUAUGGCUGAGCCUCGACCUGACCAGCAGAGUCGACGUCGUUUUCAUUGCCAAGCAAAUUAAUAGAGUAGGUGUUGAAACCAAAGCCAUCACCGACCUGAGCAUUCAGGCCAAGGUUGAACUCGGUCUGGGGCUCGGUGGCAAGAGCUUCGUUAGUGGAGGAGAUGGACCAGGGCUGGAUGUUGAACUCAGUGUCUGUGUGAAGACAGAUGUCAGUGAGAAAUGAAAGUGGAAGAAGGUGUUGACGAAAGAGAGAUGACUCACUUUGAACCUGAGCAGGGACGAAGAAGACGUCGGAGGGAGCGGCCGUGCUAUCCGGAGCUACGGUGACAGUGGAAAAGAAGAAGGAGCUAAGGUCUUCCGUGGAGUUAGACAUUAUGUGAGAAUAAUAGGUUAACUAGGGCUGUGAGAGCUGUAAGAGGUAUAAGAAGGUCGAGAGCUGUGAAAAGCGUAAAGGUUGGGAAUGGAAGAAGAGAGUCUGAAGAACAAUUUUACAACCUGGGUGGGCGUUUCUUAUACUGUUUCUGGGCAGCAGAAAGCAGUGGGCAGUCUUGUGACGGUCUGCAGCGUUAGUUGGGAGGCGAUGCCAACAGUAGCUGGGAGUAUGGCUUGGUGUGACUUUUACCAUCAACUUCUCCCUGCGACGUUAUCCGCCAUCGCUCUCUAUAUCGUCAGCUAUUCCUCCAAACUUCCUCAUGAUGGGUAUCUACAGAAUCCUCUCUUCCGUGGUUAUCCGCCUGCGGUAGCAUAAGCAUUUCAUAAUGCGUAUUUUCAAAGAUGCAAGACACUGAACAAGGAAGAGUUCGAAAGUGAAAAGGGUCGGUGUGAUUUCUCACGCGCGAAGGCAUCAAACCCAAACACCGCCGUGUGCGAGAAUGGAAGUUGGGCAUGAUAUAGCGGGUGUGCUGGAAUCUUGAUCAGGCAAGAAGGAGGGGGGCCUCGGCGAUGGUGAGAAAUAUGCUGAUGGAGAUGCUGCGGCGAUGGCCGGGGAUUAGGAGGGCAGGGAGAUCGAGGGCAGGUGACAGAGAGUAGCCGAGAUACGAGAAGUGAGUGAAGCCGUAAAAGACUCAUAGAAGUCGAACAUCGACGCUGCUUGCAGAAGCUGGUGUGAUUUUGAGCUGCGACGAUCAUGUCUAGGAGACGGAUAACAACGCCUGUUGGCGAGAUGAUC